GCCUGCGCAGAUUGGGGAACGUUCUGGAAGACAGCGGAGCUGCCGCCAUUUUGCGGGAAGAGGAGCGGCUCCGAUUGUAGUGGGGCUCUUACUGCUGAGUCUCUGGAAGGGAGCCGUGCUUCGCGUCCCCCGACACACCCAAAGGAACGGAGGGAACCGGGACCCCCCCCCCCCUGCGGGGACCCGGAACUGGUAACCACUGGUCUGCUUUCUGUCACUACAGACCUGUCGUGGACAGACUUGGGAAAGACCAUUGCUAGAUGUGAAAGCUUGGGGUAGGCGAGAAGUCCUACUGUACCUUCCUAGACAGAAAGGCUUCAGAGUGGGACUGGUUAAGCCUGUCUUAAUCAUGGUCUUUCUGAGUUACCCAAACUCUGAUCUGCUACAAUGGCGUCCGAUGACUUUGAUAUAGUGAUUGAGGCCAUGCUGGAGGCUCCCUAUAAAAAAGAGGAGGAUGAGCAGCAAACUAACGAGGUUGAAAAGGAGAUCCCUAGUAACACCACCAACAGCACCAGCCGUACCGGCAGCAGUGGCAGUGGCACCAGUGGGGAGGCAAGCAAGAAGAAGAGGAGUCGGAGCCAUAGUAAAAGCAGGGAUAGAAAACGCAGUCGUAGUCGAGACCGUCAUAGGCGGAGAAGCAGUCGGAGCCGGAGUCGAGAUCGGCAGCGUCGUCACCGCAGCCGUAGCUGGGAUCGUCGACAUAGUAGUGAGUCACGAAGUCGAGACCGACGUCGUGAGGAUCGUGUGCGCUACAGGAGUCCACCGCUUGGCACUGGGCGUAGGUAUGGACACAGUAAGAGUCCUCAUUUCCGAGAGAAGAGCCCAGUCAGGGAGCCAGUUGAUAAUCUGAGUCCUGAGGAGCGGGAUGCCCGCACGGUGUUCUGUAUGCAGUUAGCUGCCCGCAUUCGGCCUCGAGACCUGGAGGACUUUUUCUCGGCUGUUGGCAAGGUUCGAGAUGUACGUAUCAUCUCAGAUCGGAACUCACGUCGUUCUAAGGGCAUUGCCUAUGUGGAAUUCUGUGAGAUCCAGUCUGUGCCGCUGGCCAUUGGGCUGACCGGGCAGCGGCUGCUGGGAGUGCCUAUCAUUGUACAGGCCUCACAGGCUGAGAAAAACCGACUGGCAGCCAUGGCCAACAACCUGCAGAAGGGCAGUGGUGGACCAAUGCGCCUCUUCGUGGGCUCCCUGCACUUCAAUAUCACCGAGGACAUGCUCCGGGGCAUCUUUGAGCCCUUUGGCAAAAUUGAUAAUAUUGUCCUGAUGAAGGACUCAGAUACAGGCCGCUCUAAAGGUUAUGGUUUUAUUACGUUCUCUGACUCUGAGUGUGCCCGCCGGGCCCUGGAACAGUUGAAUGGCUUUGAGCUUGCUGGUCGGCCUGUGAGGGUUGGCCAUGUGACCGAGCGGCUGGAUGGUGGCACAGACACCACUUUUCCUGACGGAGACCAGGAGCUGGAUCUGGGAUCAGCGGGUGGACGUUUGCAGCUCAUGGCCAAAUUGGCAGAAGGCUCUGGAAUCCAGCUGCCGACCACCGCUGCUGCUGCCCAAGCUGCUGCCUUGCAACUGAAUGGAGCAGUUCCUUUGGGGUCCCUGAACCCAGCGGCUUUGACUGCUCUGAGUCCGGCCCUGAACCUCGCCUCCCAGGCAAUCGCCUCCCAGUGCUUCCAGCUUUCCAGCCUCUUUACCCCCCAAACCAUGUAAUGAGUGGCGCAGUCCACUGCCUCCCUCUGCCUCUGGGUCCUGCCACUCCCUUCUCCACGUCUACCCUUCCAUGGCCCCUUCUCUCCAUUCUGUGGACCAAACCAUCCUGAGGGUGUGAACAUUGACGGUGGGGGAACUGGGACCCCCCUCGGACACCAAGGAGAGCUCCUGCCCACCGCAGCCGCAGUGGGAAUGGACCCUGGUGAGCAAAGCUGCCAGUUGAAGAGAACAGAAUCUGCACUUGCAUUGAACAUCUGUUUCUCUGUGUUUAUCGUCUCCUGGGAUGACCUUCCUUGCCCUUUCCAACCACCUCUUACUGAUUCCUUGAUUCCUCCCCCAUUGGGAAGGCCAUAGGGCAUUAACUGAAGGAACUAACCGCUCUCUGCCUGCCUGUACCUUUACCCUACAAUCUGUCACGGAAAACCUUUAAGACCUCUGGUCUCUGAGGACGUUGGAGUUUGAGGGAGUGAACCUUGAAAGUGCUGGCUUGCUGCUACAAGGGCCCUGGAAGAUAGCACGGACAUGUGUGUUGGGAAGCCUGCCUUAAACCUUAGCUUGGGGCCAGAACUGCUACUGUGGGCUCAACAUCUUGCUGGGAGGUGUGGGAAUGAUCUCUCCUGCCAGCCGUUUUGGAUGUCUUAGGGGCAUUCGGGAGUUCAGUGAAAGGUGGGGUACCUUUCUGUUACCUUCCAUCUUCCUUUGUGUAGUUGUCCUUCCUUUGGCCCAGGGUGGGAGGAUGGAGGGGAGGCUGCUUCUCUCCACCACUUCCAUGUGCCUCUGGAGACUGGGGGCUCAAGCCCAGCUGGGCACACGUGAGUCUUUCUCACUGUAUUUUAUACCCUUGUGUCUGUGUACAUAAAUAUAAAUAUAUAUAUA